AUGUCACUCCCCGCACCGCACCUCGCUUUUGAGGAGGAUAUCGCUCAACCUUUUGCGCACGACCACGAUCCGUACGAACCCAUUCACGAUCGAAAAGGCAAAGCAAAGGACCAACGCUUGCACGGUGGGCACAGCUCGCCCCGCAGCCCCAGCACUUCCUCCGAGCAUGUCGAUUCUGCUGUCUAUCCACCCAGAGCUGACGAAGCAGAAGAAACACGGCGCAACCUGAGACGAUGGGAGAUUGCUGAACGCCAACGGAGGAAGGCUGCGCGAGAGUCGCAGAGCAGUGGGACACCGUCACUAGUUAGCGAUGUUUCCAGGCGUGCAAGUCUCCUCUGGCCCGGAAAGAGGCCGAAGCGUCCUUCAAUAAGUGGACUCGGCACCCAUAAGGCACUCCAGUCUUACGACGACCUUCCGUUGACAGCAAUUGACGCCAGUCCCGUACCAUCCCCUACCCGCUCAGAGUCUGAAGGGGGGCAUGUACAAGACCCAUUCAACCCCUCAGAGUCUUUUUCCCCUUUCUCCGAUUCUCAUGAACCCCACACACCCACAAUUCGUAACGCAUCCUCUGGGGAACAUUCUUCCAAAGCUACAACCUCCGAGACCCCCACUCUAGAUCCCUCGAGCACUCCGUCUGGAUCUUCUUCACGACCACCGCCACCUAUGCCUAUCAACAUCCCUCCUCCUCGCACACCUCCCCCAAUUUUAAGUCCGACUGCUACAGAAACGACAGACCCGACGCGUCCAAACCCAAAUAAGAAGCAACCUGAAGUGAGAUGGUGGCAUGACUGGCUGUGUGGUUGUGGAGAGGGCCCCGAUCGCGGAGGAGACUUGCAGGCUGGACGGACAAAUCCAUUUGAAUAA